GUGAGUGGAUGUGCGCGCGCUCCCGGUCACAUGUCUCUCUCGGGUCAGAGCGCGCUGUUUCUCCCGGUAAGCGCGCGGGUGUCGGUGCUGCGGGCGCGCGGACUCCGGAUCAAAGGGAAAGACGGCACAAAUGACGCGUACGUGUCUCUGCAGGCGGGGCGCGAGACGUUCCGCACUCCGGUGCUGGAGAGGCGCGCGGAGCCGGUGUGGGGAGACCAGGGCGGCACUUUCAUCUGCACCGUCCCGCCGGACGGAGGCGCGCUGCAGGUGCGCGUGCUGCACCGGGUCCCGCUCGGAGUGGAUAAAGUGCUGGGACUGACCGUCAUCAACCUGCACGAGCUCCGGACCCACAGCGGCGACAACCAGCAGUGGUAUAAGCUGCUGAACAAGGCUGGACGAGCAGAUAAGGAACGUGGUGAAGUUCUGCUGGACAUUCAGUUCCUGAAGAGCAGCACGAGCGUCAGCAUGAUCGACCUCUCCGACAAAUCUCACUCACGCUUAGGAAAGUUCAAGGACAAACUGAAGGGCAAGAAGAGGGACGGACUGAGCGAUUCGGCCUCCGCCACCCUCCCCUCAGUCACGCCCGUCCUGACCGACAGCGAAGGGGACGGAGAGGGGGGCGGCGAGUCGCCCAAAAAGAAGAAGAACAAACUGAAGUCUCUGUUUGGUUCUAAAUCCAACCUGCAGAGGAACGUUUCUCAGUCCAUGUCUGCUCUAGGAACCCUGCCUGACAGGAACUCGUCCCUGAGCUCCAGCACCUCGUCCGGCCUCAACGUGGAACCUCACCAAGGAAAAAAGAAAUUUAAGUUUCUGACUCACAAGAGGAACAGCAGCACCGACAGCAAAACGUCCAAUCAGAGCGGCUCGUUUCUCGGCUCAUCCAAUCAGAACUCUCUGCAACAGGUCAGCAUCUGCAUUAACAGCAGCCACUUUAACGAGGGGGAACCAGAAACUCAGGACGUCCCGGAGGAUGAAGGAGACGAGGAUGAGGAGAGAUGGAGAGAGGAGGAGGAGGAAGAAGAACGACUGAUGAUGGAGCAGAAAAGAAAGACGGAGGAGGAAGAGGAGGAACGAGAGGCAGAGGAGCUGAGACGAGAAAUGGAAGAACAGAGAAGAAAGAAUGAAGAAGAAAGAAAAAGAAAAGAAAGAGAAGCAGAAGAACAAAGAAAACUGAUGGAGGAGGAAGAAAACGAGAGACUGAGGAUGGAGAGAGAGAAGAUAGAACAAAAAAAGAUGGAGGAGGAAAGAAGAAAGAAGGAGGCAGAAGAACGGAGAAGGAUGGAGGAGGAGGAUCAGAUGAGAACGCUUAAAGAAGAAAGAAGAAAGAAGGAAGAGAAGGAGGCAGAAGAACAGAGAAUCAGGAUGGAGAGAGAGAAGGAGGACCAGAUCAGAAAGCUUGAGGAAGAAAGAAAAAAAGAAGAAGCUGAAGAGAUGAGAAGGAUGGAGGAAAAAAGAAUCAUGAUGAAGAAAGAGAAGCUGGAGGAGGAAAGAAGAUGGAAGGAGGAGAAGGAGGCAGAAGAACAGAGAAUGGCGAGAGAGAAGGAAGAAGAAAAAAGAAAAGCAAAAGAGAAGAGAAAAAGAACAGAGGAAGAAGAAAAAGAGAGACGUAGGAUGGAGAGGGAGAAGCUGGAGAAGGAAAGAAGAAAGAAGGAGGCAGAAGAACAGACGAGGAUGGAAGAGGAGGACCUGAGGAGAGCGCAUGAAAAAGAGAAAGAGGAGAAAGAAAAGGAGAGGAAGAGGAGGACAGCUGAGGAGGAAGGGGCGAGGGAGGAGAAGAUAAAGAACGAGCAGAGAAGAAAGACUGAGAAGGAGGAAAGAAGAACUGAGGAGGAGCAGGAGAGAGCAGAAGAAUCUCCAUCAGCACGAAUCUCCAGCAUCAAACCCAGCGUCUCUGCAGUCACUUCCCAGACGUCUCUGGUGAACACAAACCCGUUCCUGGAGGACGACGAGGAUUCAGAUGACUUAGAAAGUUCAGGCGGGUCGUUUAAAAAACGACGUGCUCCUUCACCUCCAGCGAGGAACCUACAGACACCACGUUCUGAUGAUUCCUUCAUAAAGACGUCUGAAGCACCACAUGAGGAGACCAACCAACAUCUCAGCUUCAAAGAGUCAAAGCGUCGAGCACCUCAACCUCCAGGAGGAGUGAAGAUUACCAACCAAGACUCAGUCAGAGAAGAUCCUGGUCACGGUGAAGGAGGAACUGGUGGAGUUAGAAAUGACGUUCAAGCCAACGUGAAGCAGAAUCGUUUCCAUGACGAACAGCCUGAUACGAACCCUUUCACAUCAGAUCCACCAACAUCUACCAAACCCACCAAAGGACCGGCACCCAAACCAGGAGGUACAAGUUCAGUCCUCAAACAUGGACCAUCAGAAACUAUCAUUCAUCAUGACAGAGACGUCACCAGCACCAGUAAUCCCACAUCUAAAGGUUCCAGGAGCAGCUCGGCUGAGAGACCCUGCAGCACGUCUGCUGAUGGUUCCACCAAAGCAGAACAUCAUCUGAAGAAGGUUCUAGAUCUUGAUUCUGUAAAUCCAGAAGCUCCGUUUGGUUUGGACCAGGAUUUCCAUCCAGAUUCUCACCUCAGUAAAACUGAGUCGUUUAUAACCCUGAACUCUGCAAAACCCCAGAAGAGGUCUCAAGCUCCAGGUCCUCCAGCCAAACCCAAAAGAACUGAAGAACCAGACUUACCAGAGCAGCAACCACAAAUCACAGAGAACCAGAGGGACCAGAAGAACUGGGACAAGGACCAGGAGCAUAAAUCUGAGACUCCAUCAUCAUCUCCAGCGUCGUCCUUAAGCUUCUCUUCACGUACUGAGAUGAAACCGGCUGCUUCAGUUUCAGGGGAUGCAGGUUCUUCUGGUUCUGGGUUCAGGAACCUGUCAUGGGUUGAGGUGGAACCCGGUGAUGCAGGUGAAGUGAAGGCUGGAGUUCCUCCUGCCCCGGUGAUCAGGCAGCAGGCGGUUAAACCUCUCAACACUUUGGGGAAUCACCCAGACCCUCACCAACCCAAACCUGCUGAUCUCACCCAGCUGAAAGCUCAGGGAGCAGACAGGGCGGUGGUGGCGAGAGGACCGUAUUCACAGUUGACUCAGGCUGAGUUGAUUUCGUUGGCGUUGCGUCAGCAGGAACAGAUCUCUCAACGUGAAGCUCGAAUUCAGGAGCUGGAGCAAUACAUCGAUAACCUGCUGCUGAAGGUCAUGGAGGACAAACCCAGCAUCCUCAUGAACAUCAAAAAUAAAACCUGAUGAUAGAGGAACCCAACAUCCUCAUAUACAUCAGCACCAAAUAAUGAAACCUCAUGAUCACAGAAACAGAGGAACAUCUAAAUGAAGCUCCUACAGAGUGAAGAGUUACUGGACUGGGUCUGCUGAGGUUCAACACGUUUUAUUACAGCACUGUUAGCAUUAGCGGCGGCUCGGCGUUUAAUAGCGUUCAUAUUAAUGACUGCACCGCAUGUUGAUGUUUGGCUCCGUCUGGCGGCAGAGCGGCGUAACUGCUCCUACAUUUAAAUCCGCUAAAUUCCGCUUUUAUUUUUUAUUUUUUAUUCUGUGGUUAAAUGUUGAUCCUGAUGAAACUGAGCUGCUCUGUUUAAUCACAUUCAGACAUUUAAGUCAUUUUGCCAGUGCUAACAGUUCUGUGUUAUAAAUCGUGAGUUGUUGACAAUAUUAAGCUAGAAGAGCUUCAACCCUGACAUGCCAACAGAAAAACUACUAAACUUCACCAACAUAACUACUAAAAUCAGUCAUGGAUCAGAGUUUCUACCUGCUCAGACUUUACAAGAGAAGAGUUCAGAAAGUAAAAAUCCUCUACCAGGACUUUCUGCUGCUUCCUGUUAGCUCAUGCCAGUAGGUGGAAUUAGUUCCAUUAACUGGGAGGAAGAAAAUCCUGACAGAUUUGUUUAUAUUUGAAUCAUAAUUGACACAUUGAAUUCAUAAAAAUUUUUUUACAUCGAGUGAUUUAACACAAAGUGCAGUUUAAAUAUAUUAUUUCAUUUAAAAAUAACAUGAAUUCAGAUCUAAAAUCACUCAGAUCAAAACUAACUAAAGAUAAAGUCUAAAGUUUAAAGCUGAAUAAAAAAGUGUAAUAACACUGAAUUAUUUGUAUUAUUUUUAUAUUUAAUAAAACCCGCUGCUCUGGUUCCACAGCACGAUAAAUAAAAUCUUUAGUUUCCUGUUUUGUAAAGUUCAGAAUUGAUUCUUUAUCUCAGCUUUGUUUAGUUCCUCUAUUGUGGUGAAAUGAGGAAAGGGCCACACCUAAACUCCUAAACACCUAAACUCUUCAUCAUUUUCUUAUUUUGAGGUGUUUAGUCCGAUUAUUUUUUAUUUCUCAGUGCAUUACACUUCAUUAUUGAUGCACUUUAAUUAUUCCAACAUUAUCUCCUCUUUCUAAUCUGUAAAUAUGAGAAAUGAUUUAUUCAUUAUCGAUUUUUCAGCUUCUGAUUUGUUUGAUCUGUUACUGAAAUAAAGA